GGAACGCCUUGCAUAUUUCAACGUCUGAGAGAAAAUGGCUGAGGAGUCGAAGCCAUUGGAUCUCACAAAAUACAUCGUUAGAGAGGCGCCGCCGACUGUGUACUACAUUCCGGAAUUCGUCACCGAGAGUGAACAAGCUGAUCUUUUAAAACAGGUUUACUCAGCGCCAAAGCCAAAAUGGACGCAGCUCUCAGGUCGACGCUUGCAAAAUUGGGGAGGUUUACCACAUCCAAAGGGAAUGGUACAGGACAAACUCCCACCAUGGCUGUUGAAGCAUGCUACAUAUUUGGGGAAGCUUCCCGUCUUCAAAGGGAAAGCCCCUAAUCAUGUUCUUGUAAAUGAGUAUGAGCCAGGUCAAGGAAUUAUGCCUCAUGAAGAUGGUCCUUUGUUCUUCCCUGUGGUUUCCACUAUUAGUCUUGGCUCGCACACAUUGUUGGACUUCUAUCACCCAUUGAAAAAAAAUACUGAAUCACAGCCUACUGGAAUGUCUCAUGAGGAAACUUCAAAGGUUACCACAUUACAAGACAGAUACUUCAUGUCCUUGCUCUUAGAGCCCCGCAGCUUGCUCUUACUGACGGAGGAUCUUUACACCAGUUACUUACAUGGAAUUGAGGGUCGGGCCCAUGAUAUUUUUACCACAGACAUUGUGAACCGUGAGCAGUGUAAGCUGUCUAAGGAGCUAGGCUCUACCCUCAUCAGAUCCACUAGAAUCUCCCUUACGAUUCGUCAUGUUCCAAAAAUAUUGAACGUGAAAGUGAAGCUAAGACGGUGACUUUUGAAUGACUAGAGAAAAAACCUAAAGUACAAGUACUCCUUAACAAACUAAAUAAGCAUGAGAUAGUCUUAUGACAUCAGAUAAUCUCUCCGGGUAAAGGAAGCAGAGAAGGAAGCAAAUACUUCAUACGUUAAGUGUGUGAGAAAACCUGGAUUGGGGCUCUUCUUCUUCUUCUUCUUCUUUUUCUUCUUCUUCUUCUUCUUCUUCUUCUUCUUCUUCUUUCUUUUUACAGGGGGAGGGGGAGGGGUAGUUUCAAUAAAAUCAGACGGGGUGAACGUCGGCAAAAUUGAUUUUAACCCUGAUGGAUGGAGUUUUGGGCAUUUUUCAACAGAAAUUCUUACCCCUCAGAGAUUGCAAAUUGGUUGUGGAAAUCUUUAUAAGAUAGGAAAAGAUAGGAAAAUCGGAAAAUAACGUUAAAAACCCCCUUAGGAAUAACAAUUGGUUCACUUUUAUACCCUAAGAGAUUACGGAAUAGUAAACAAAACGUUAAACACCCCCUUAGAAGUAGCAGUUGGUUGAAUUUUAAACCCUAAGCUAAGAGAUAGCAAAAUCGGAACCCCCCCCCCCCCCCCCCCUUGGCUUUCACCCAUAGGCACAUACAUUCUGUACAAAGUGGUAAGCCUGGUCAGGGUGCCUGCUGCUACGGUGAUAACAGAACCCUUUACAAAUAGCCCAAUAGAGAACCUAAUAAAACAUAUAUAUAUUUUA